UGAAGGACUCAAAUCGCAUAAGGCGUCGUUUGUUCUUCGCCCGUUCUAAACUGGAAAAAGCAACGCAAUUUAUAAAAGCUCGAAUACUUAUUUUACAUGCCGCAUUAGUUAGGUAACACACGCUGCCAUCGAAAUGUUGUUGUUUUUGGUAUGUCUUGCGCUUUCGACCGUUGUGGCCACCGAGCUUGGAGAUCCUUCAAUUCUCUACCAAAAUUACCACGGGGAAUACGCUCAAUCAUAUAAUGAUUACAAACCCCAUGACUACGAAUACGGUUAUGGCGUAUCCGAUCCACUCACCGGAGAUCACAAAUCUCAAUGGGAAGUAAAAGAACAAGGCAUCGUACGUGGAGGAUACAGUCUCCUAGAAGCCGACGGUACCACCAGAGUAGUAGAAUACGUAGCUGAUGACCACGGUUUCAGAGCAAUUGUCAAAAAAAUCGAUCAACACGGAAACACCAAGGUAGAAAGUCAUGGACAUCCAGAAGCUCACCACGAAGUAGCCGCUGCCAUCCCAGUGGCUCCAACCUACGCUGCUCAAUCACCCUACCAAACUUACGACGGCCACGUUCACAACUACAUCCAAAACGUUGAACCUGUUUUAGUGCAAAAAGUAGCUCCUCCACCAAUACAAAUCGUACAAAAAGCUGUUGCCUAUGCUCCUGAACCACUUCCAGCACCAUUACCUGUGCAACCCAUCCAACAAGAAUAUUACCAAGAACCCUAUUUGCAAAAAGAAAUCGCCUAUGCACCAGUACAACAACAGAUAGUGCAAAAAUCCAUUCAAUACGCUCCAGUUGUAAGCAAACAAGUAAUUGCCCAACCCCCUGUACAUUACGCUCCAGCUCCUCUUAUCCAAAACGAAUACAUCUCCGCUCCAGCUCCAGUUGUACACAAACAAAUCAUCCCUCAAGUACAACAACCCAUUUACCAAAACUACGUAGCCAAAUCCCCCUACGUAGUCGACUUAAACUCCUACGGGCCAAAAUCUGAAGCUGUAUUCGUACAACCAAGAGCUCCAGUGUACCACCAACCUCAGUACCAACCGCAAUACCAACCACAACAAUACCAACCGCAAUACCAACCAGAACAAUACCAACAGCAACAAUACCAACAACAGUACGAAAUCCCACAACCAGUGCUAACCCAAAACGUUCUUACUCCAGUUGCCAAAGGUAUUUCUCAAUACCAAUUAUCUCCAUCUCCAAUCACCAUCCAUCCCCAUGGAGAAUCCUCCCAAAGCUAUUAUGGAACCACUGGCAACAUUGGUGAAUCUGUUCCAGUUGGUUACAACCAACAAUUAGCUUAUUCUUCCCCAGUAGGUCAGCAAUACUACCACUAAAGACUAGUUUAAGUUACAAUGUAAAUAUUUAUUAAGUGUUUUUUAAUUUAAUAAUAAAACAUUAUCA